AUGAAUCGAUGGUCCACGAUUCAAAAAUUGACAAAUAAGUUCUGUGCAUAUAUAGCACAGGUAGAGUCAUUGCACCCGAGUGAUGCAACCGUGCAAGACAAGAUUGAGAAGGCCAAGAUGUUGUACAAAGAGAUGGUAGGGUCUAAUUUUACAAUGGAAUAUUGUUGGUGUCUUUUGAAACACCAACCAAAAUGGCAGCAACACAUAUCUACCUUUGGUAAGAAGAGAAAGCCACAAGAAAAAUAUGUUGGUGAAGUUGAUGUUGAUUUAGCCGAGGAGGAGGUUCUUACUGAGAGACCUCCAGGCAAAAAAGUUGAGAAAGAAAGGGAGAGGAAGCGGAAGUCGAUGGAAGGUAAAGAGGUAGAGAUCAAAACAGCGUUAGCUAAAAUGACCGAGGAUAGAGCGACGACCAUGGAAGAGCGGAGAAAUGCUAUGUUGAAAGCAGACGAAAAAAGUGAGAAAAUAUUUGAACUAAAGAAGAAGAAGUUUGAACUAGAGCAGAAGAAUUUUGAACUAAAGAUAAUGAUGCUAGAUGUACGUGGCAUGAAUGCCAUGCAACAAGAAUAUUUCAGUAAUAUUCAAUUAGCAAUUUUUAAGGAUUCGAAGUCCCAUUCCGGAUGUACAUCUACAUCUCCUUCGACACCUUAUGGAGGUAUCUAA